GACAGCGUGCGUGGAAGGGGCAUGGGCAGCAGAGGAUGGGGAGAGAUGUGACUUCCUUCUGCAUGAAGGAGACUGGGCGACCCUAGCCCGGAGUGUGUAGACGGAUCCGCUUGAACCGCGAACGGUCAUGAAUGGUAACCAGCCUUCAGGGCGACGGGCCUCCGGAGUUUGUCCUCUCUGCUGCUCUGGGGCUUCUCUCUGCCCUGUCAACUCUCCCAAUGCCUGUUACUCUGUUUCUCGCCUGUCCUUUUUUCCCAAGUACCUUGAAGAAACUCACCGCAAUUAAGUUUCUCUUUCAAGGCAACAUUCCCUUACAAACACGUGUGUUUUAAUUCUUGUCUUUUGCUUUCCUGUGAGAUUCCUCACCUCUAAUUGACACUCCCAUUACAUUGUAUAUUUAAGUAUAUAAAGUGGCUUUCACCCUUAGCAGGAGUUUCAGAAUAUGCUAAGUACAGUUACCUAAGACCUGCACUUUGUGUUGUGUUUAAAAUUUAUUUGAAUUUUUUUGAAACAGCACAAUGGUACUGAAGGACUAGAAGAUAUAUACUAGACAGGAAAAAAAAUCAAUAUUUGAACUCUUUUUCUGCCAUUUUAGAAUACAAAUUAUGCUCAGAAAUGCUUGAGAGAUGUGCAGUAUUGCUCAGGAUAUUCACAGUUGGGAUAAAUGUCCAUCUAGUUGGCAACAUUGCAUAGACCGAGAGAAGAUUUAGUAAUAGGUAAGAUAAAAAUCCUGAAAUGCUUUUUUCUCAUAUGGUACAUCAUAAUAUGCAGAGAUCUGAAGGAAAGAAUAAGAAGCCUUAUACAGGAAGGAAAUCUAGGAACAUUAAGCUAAAAAAGAGGGACUUUUUAGAAGUUGAGUUUUUGAGAAAUAGUCUUAUCACUAACUACCUGCUUUGAAGUACUUAAAAUCGAGUACUUAAAUCAAAAGUACUUAAAAAUCAAGGACGGAAGUUUCCCAAAGAAUUUGAUUGCUUUUCUCUUACUACUAGAUUAUAUUCUGUUAGCCCCGAUUUGUAAUUAACAAUACUCUUAGCCUCAGUAAUUCAGAUUUGGUGAUUCCUUUUUUAUCUUCAAAGUUUGAAACAGGCUUCUUAUUGAUCAGGGAAGGAUUGUCUUUGGCAUGUCUCCAAAGUCUGUGACAAAUCGACAAUGAGCAUACGUAUUGUUUUUAUCUGAUUAUUUGAGAAAUGCUAUGUAGAUAAAAUUAUUUUCUGCUAUCUUCAUCCUCUGAUAUCUAAGGUAUAUUUAAAUUAAGCUGAAACAACUGAAUCCCUUUUUUGUAGAGGCUAAUGAUAUAUGUGUGAUGGAAGAAAUAAAACAUUUUUACUGCUAGUGAAGGAAAGACAGUUACCUCUCUAGCAGUCUCAAAAGGAAUAACAGCCUAAUGGUAGGUUAGAAUUUAUCACAGGAGAAGCAAAAGAAUAUGCUUAAGAGAUAGUUAUAGAUCAAAAAAAAAAAAAACUCUCGAGAACUUUAUAAUUACAGAUUAGGAGAACUAAAAAAGUUGAGAGGGACAGAAAGAAAAAAUUUUAAUGUUUUAUAACAAAAAGGAAGUCAUUCUGAAAAAAAAAACUAUAACUAUGAUUAGCAUUUGUUUGAGCCUCAUAUUUUUUCUGCUUCAGAGGAAAGGUCCUGUGGCGUGUUAGAUUUCAGUCAUUCUAAUUAAAGAAAUACAUAUUAAUGGGGAACAUCUAGCUCAAUUGGCAUUACAUAGUUUAUUAAAAAAAAGUUCUACAUUCUACUUUGGUGAGUAGUGUCUGGGGUCUUAAAAGCUUGUAAGCUGCCAUCUGAAUAUUCCACUGGUUUCACCCCAUCUGGAGCAAGGGAGAAUGAGGAAAACCAAAGACACAAGGGAAGUAUUAGUCCAAAGGACUAAGGGACCACAACUACCACAGCUUUCACCAGACUGAGUCCAGCACAACUAGAUAGUGCCCGGCUACCACCACCGACUGCUCUGACAGGGAUCACAAUAGAGGUUCCCAGAUAGAGCUAGAGAAAAAUGUAGAACAAAGUUCUAACUCAAAAAAAAAAAAAGACCAGACUUACUGAUCUGACAGAAACUGGAGAAAUCCCGGGGGUAUGGCCCCCGGCCAACCUUUGAACUCAGUAAUGAAGUCACUCCUGAGGUUCACCCCUCAGCCCAAAAUUAAACAGAAUGAGACUAAAUGGGUACACCAGCUGAAGGGCAAGGAUGAGAAGGCAGGAGGAGACAGAAAAGUUGGUAAUGGGGAAGAAAGGGAGUGUUGACAUGUUGUAGGGUUGGCAACCAAUGUCAUAAAACAAUAUGUAUAUUAAUUGUUUAGUGAAAAGCUAGUUUGUCUUCUAAACCUUUAUCUAAAGUAGAAAAAAAAAUACUGUGAACUGACAGCAAAAAAAUAAAUAAAUAAAAAUUUUAAAAAAUAUAUUAAGUGCCUGUAUGGUUGAAAGGAGUAUGAUUGGAGCUACAAGAUUUACGGAGAUUUUUAAUAGUAGUAGUUGUUUUUGUUGUUAAUUGCCAUUGAGUCAGUUCCUCCUCCUGAUGACCACAUGUGUUACAGAGGAGAACUGUUCCACAGGGUUUUCUGGGCUGUAAUAUUAAUGGAAGCAGAUAGCCAGGACUUUUCUUCCGUGGUACUGUUGGGUGGGUUCAAACUCCCAACCUUUAGGUUACCAGUCAGGUGUAAACUCUACUGUUUAUUGGGUGCCUUACUGUAUGCCCUGAACUUUGCUAAGCUCAUUCUGUACAGUGGGGUUGACAAUAGUCUAGUUAUUUUUAUUCCUAUUCAAAAAUGUAGGAACUAGAGCUCUAUGAAGUUGAGAAAUGUGCCCAGGGUCUCAGAGUUAGUAAUGAGAAACCCGGAAUCUAAACCCAGGUGUGUUAAACCCCAAAGCACAUUCUCUUUCCGCACUGUACCACUGUGCUUUCAUGGACUUUAUGGUCUGGUAGGAAGGAAAAACAAGUAUACGAAUAAUUAAAAUGCAAAACCAUAAGAGAGCUGGAAAAGAAAAUGCUAUACAGACCAGAGCAACAGAUAGCUUAUACAAUUGCAAAAAAACAGGAAGGACUUCACAGAAGAAGUGGCACAUUUUGACAAGUUUGAACAUAGGUAAGAUAUCAGGGUGAAUACUCAAAGAAGUUUGGCCAUUCAGAGGUGGGAAAAAAAACCUUGAAUUGUAACUUCGGGUUGCAAGCUUCCUUAGUAGGAAUUUCUGUUUCCCUGCAUUUUUGGUGGAUAGCUGCUUUAGGCCAAUUUGUACAAUUUGACCAGUUUGUAAAAAGACUGAAGGAGUGGUUCUCAAACUUGUGGCCUGAGAUCUCCUUUACACUCUUGUUUUAUUCAUCUAGUGCUACAGUAACAGAAAUACCAAAAGUGGAUGGCUUUAACACAGAGAAAUAUAUUCCAUCAUCUAGGAGGCUAGAAGUCCAAAUUCAGGGUGCCAGCUCCAGGGGAGACUCUGUCUCUGUUAGUUCAGCAGGAAGGUCCGUGUCAUCCCUCUUCCCCAGGUGUAGGAACUUCUCAUCGUAGGAACCUUGGAGGGUCUAAAGGACCUGCUCUGCUCCAGGCAUUUCUUUCUUGGUGGUAUGAGGUCCCCAUGUCUCUCUGCUCGAUUCUGUCUUUUAUAUCUCAAAAGAGAUUGGCUUAAGACAAAAUCUAAUCAUGUAGACUGAGCUCUGCCUCAUUAACAUAACUACCACUAAUCCCGUCUUAUUAACAUCAUGGAGAUAGGAUUUACAACACAGAAAAAUCACAUCAGAUGACAAAAUGAUGACCAGUUACACAAUAGUGGGAAUCAUGGCCCAGCCAAAUUGAUACACAUAUUUUGGGGGGAUACAGUUCAACCCAUGAUAUUCCACACUUUGGCCCCCCGAAAUUCAUGUCCUUGCUGCAUAUAAAACACACUCACCCCAUUAUAUCAUAGCAAAAGUCUUACAUCAGCUCCAGGUUCAAAAUCCAAAAAUUCUUCCUCAUCCGUGAAAUCUCGAAUACAAAUUGUCUACCUCCAAAGUACAAUGGUGCAACAGGCAGACGCAAGCUAGACAUUUCCAUUACAAAUGGAAGAAAUUGGAGGGAAAGAAGGAAUAACAGGCACCAAGCAAGUUAGCAGAACACAUUACAUUAGCCCUCAAGGCUUGAAAAUUAUCCUCCAUUCUCUGAGACCAUUUAUUUGCACAAUGGCUUGAUAUUGGCCACAUUCUCCGGAUUCUCAGUGGACGUCCCUCAGCCCUGGGCUUCAGCAUCGUCUUCCCACUAGAGCGGCAACUCUGUUCCCUCAGCUUUGGGUGGCCCCAUUCUAGUCCAUCAGAGUGACAACUCUACUCUUUGAGAUUGAGGCAACUCUGCUUCCUGUGUUCCUUGUCUCUUCAGCUUCUGUUUCCUGGUUCCUUGGCCUCUCGGCACCUCGGGCCUCUCUGCCCACAUCUGCCCUGCUAGGGCAAGUGUUCCAAAGCUCUCUAGCUCCGCCAGUAACUGCCUGGAGGCAUCCCACUCUGCUAGUAAACAUUAAACAUCAAACAUCGGCUAAAAGGCACUCAGCUCUCUGGCUCUGUGGGUUGGGAAGCCUAGCUCCACCGAUAAGUGAAAUGACAUGUUUAUAUAUAUAUUUUUAUUAAAAAUAACUAUAUUUUCCAAAAGCAAAUGGCAUUGUUUUACAUUUUUGUAAAUCUCUUUGAUGUCUGGCUUAACUAUAGGAAGCUGGGUUCUCAUAGCUGCUUCUGCCUUCACAAUUAUGUUAUGAUUGUAUACAUCAUAUAGCCUCUAGAGCACUCCACUGUACACCUGUCUUGGUGUCCUAAGGCUGCCAUAAUAAAAUACCACAAAGGAGGUGGCUUUAAAGAACAGAAAUUUAUUUUCCCACAACUCUGGAGACUAGAAGUCUGAAUUCCAGGCAUUGGCGGGCUAUGAUCUCUCUUUGGGGAAGAUACUUCCUUGUCUUCUUCAACUUCUGUACCCUCAGGCAUUUCUUGGCUUGUAGAUAAACCCACCAAUGCUGUCUUCCCCCUGUGUGACUCUAUUCCCAUGUCUGUCUUCUCUUUUAUGAAAUGCUACUUAGAAAGGAUUAGGACUAGGACCCACCCCAGACCAGUAAACUCUUAGUUUAGCUGAUAACAUCUACAAAGAAAACCCUUAUUUCUCCAAACAAGAUUACAUUCACCAGUGCAGGGGUUAGGACUUAAACAUAGCUUUUUCAGGAGCACAAUUCAAUCCACAACAACACACGGGAGAGAAUGAGAAUGAAAAAGACAAAUAAUGUUUUAGUGUUACAAAAAUAGUUUUGACCUCCUAGAUACCCUAAAAGGGUCUUCGAGAAUCCCAAGGGUCCCUAGAUCAUACUUUGAGAACCACUGCACUAGAGGAAGUCAUGCAGAACAGAGGACAACCAGAUUCAUAUUUAUUGGUUUGCUGAUUUCUAAAAAGCACAGGGCUUGUAUAUAUGAUGUAUGUCUUAUUCCCUGUAAAUUCUACCUGUCAGGUUUUUCAUUUAUUCAUUCUUUCAUUCAACAGCCAUGUGAAUGAGAUUCUUUAAGUGCCUGCUGUCACUAUAGGGUCGCUUUGAGUCAAAAUUGACUCUGCAGCUGUGGUUUUUUUUUUUUUUUUAACUGUAAUCAUAUGGGGCUCUAGGAAUACAAAGGAAUAGUUUCCGACUUUUAGGAGCUCAUGGUGCGGCCUAAAAAGUAGUGCAAUGGUACAUUCUAGACUGCUUUUGAUUGAUCAAAUAUUUCAUUAUGGUGCUCUCCUCAGCAGCGCAUAGACUAAAGUUGGAACAAUACAGAAAAGAUUAGCACAGGCUCUGCACAGGAAUGACACACAAAUUUGCGAAGCAUUCCAUAUUUUUGUAAACUUUCACUUAAAGCACAAUAAAAAUAAAAAAGCUUUUAAAAACUAUUUCAAUACGACUAAAUAUAGGAUAAAAGUACUGGUGGCGCGAUUAUUAGCGCUCGGCUGCUAACCAAAAAGUUGGCCAUUCAAACCCACCCUGUGGCUCCACCAGAGAAAGACUUGGCGAUCUGCUCCCAUAAAAAUUACAGCCAAGAAAACCCAAUGGGACAGUUCUGUUGUGUCACAUGGGGCUUCUAUGAGUUAAGAAUCAACUUGACAGCACCUAACAACAACAACAAAAGUAUAGGCUGCAACUGGGUAGUCACAGAAGGUGAGUUUGAAGAAAUAGCUAGAGUCCAGAUUGUGAAGGGUGUUCCUUAUUAAACAUUCUACAGAAUUUAGACAUCAUCCUUUGAAUCGGUACUUCUCAGACUUUAGUAUGGAUAAAAAUCACUUAAGGAGCUUAAUAAAAUAUAGAAACCUUUAUUCCACAUUCUGAUUCUUUAGGUCUGGAGCAUGGCUCAAGAACUUCUUAAUUCAUUCAGCAAAUAUUUAUUGUGCUUCUGUUGUGUAGCAGUCAAAGUCCUAUGUCUUGGGAACGUAGCAUCACAUAAGACAUUUGGGUAUGUUUUCAUGGAACUUCCUUACAAAAGUAAUUCUGAUGUAAGUGGAACAGGGAAUCCACAUUAAGAAACAAAUUUGUGUAUGAUGGCAAGGUGUUGAAGGAUUCUAAACACAGGAAUGAUGAAGUAAGGUUUAUAUUUUACAGCAUCACUUUGCAUGUAAUAGGUGGAUUAGAUGGGUGUGAGACCAAAGAUAAAAGACUUAAGAAGCUGUUGAACCAAUUCAAGAGUAUUAGUAUUCAGGGUCUGAAUGGAGACAGUGGUAGAGGGGACAGAGAGAAGUGGCAAGGCUUAGAAAACGUUUCUGCAGUAGAAUCAGAAUAGCAGAAUUUGGUGAGCUGUUGGAUUGGGAACAAUGUUCAUAGAUUAUUUUCAAACUGUUAUUGCAAUUAUUAACCUAGUAAAAUUGCAUUGCAGAGAUUUUCAUCCAAGAAGAGAAGACUUAAGAGCUGGUUUUAAAACAACUGUACUUACAAUAAGGAAAAACUAGAAGAUAUUUUAACAGCAAUGCUCUGGAAGGAAAUCUCAAAACAUUUUACAUGUUUUUGAGGAGUUUAUAUCCUGGGAAAAUAUGGACAGAAAAAGAUCAGAGAAAUACAAGAAAGGGAGGCUGCAGAGUACAUUGCUCAAGCACGACGACAGUACCAUUUUGAAAGUAAUCAGAGGACCUGCAAUAUGACAGUGCUGUCCAUGCUUCCAACACUGAGAGAGGCCUUAAUGCAGCAACUCAAUUCUGAGAGCCUCACAGCUCUGCUAAAAAACAGGCCUUCAAACAAGCUGGAAAUAUGGGAGGAUCUGAAGAUAAUAAGUUUCACAAGAAGCAUCGUAGCUGUAUACAGUACUUGUAUGCUGGUUGUUCUUUUACGAGUCCAGUUAAACAUAAUUGGUGGAUACAUUUACCUGGAUAAUGCUGCAGUUGGCAGAAAUGGCACUACAGUUCUUGCUCCCCCAGAUGUCCAACAGCAAUAUUUAUCAAGUAUUCAGCACCUCCUUGGAGAUGGCCUGACCGAAUUGAUCACUGUCAUUAAACAAGCAGUGCAGAAGAUUUUGGGAAGUGUUUCUCUUAAACAUUCUUUGUCCCUUUUGGACUUGGAGCAAAAACUAAAAAAAAUCAGAAAUCUCGUUGAGCAACAUAAAUCUUCUUCUUCAGUUAAUAAAGAUGGAUCCAAAUCUUUAUUGCGCCAUUAUAUGAUGCCAGAUGAAGAAACUCCAUUAGCAGCUCAGGCCUGUGGGCUUUCUCCUAGAGAUGUUACCACUAUUAAGCUACUCAAUGAAACCAGAGACAUGUUAGAAAGUCCAGAUUUUAGUACAGUUUUGAAUACCUGUUUGAACCGAGGCUUUAGUAGACUUCUAGAUAAUAUGGCUGAGUUCUUUCGACCUACUGAGCAGGACCUGCAACAUGGUAACUCCAUAAAUAGGAAUGAAAUACCCGAAGAAAUAAAUGGCCGAAGACACAAGCAGAUGAUCCACAAAAGAGAAGAUAAAAAUGGCCAGUUCGUUUUCUUAUCUAACAUCUAUUUAUUAAACACCUGCUGUGUAUCAGGCCGUAUACUAGGCCUCUGUCCUCAUGGAUCUUACAGUCUAGUAGGGAAAAUAGACAGUAAACGUGAGUCAGAAUAGACUUGAUGGCAACAAGUUUCUUAUGAUGAGUUUUAGAAAGGAAAAGAACAUUUAACAUAUAAUGGGAGAAUUUGAACAAAUGUGGAAAGUCAAGCAAAGUUUCUCUGAGGAAAUGACACUUGAACUGAGAACUAAACAAUGGUUAGCUAUUAGAUGGGAAAAAAAAAAAACCUAUUAGAUGAGGCCUUGAAAUAGAGUGAGGCAGUUGACAUUCUGGGCAGAAAUCACAGCAUGGGCAAAGCCUUUGCAGACUGGAAGAAUGGUGUAGUGACAGAAUAGAAGGAACCAAGGAAAAAGUGUGAGAUAAAGCUAGAGAACUUGACAAGUUACAAAUUGUGGUUAUCAUGCUGAAGACAGAGGGGAACCACAGAAGGGUUUUGAGUAGGAGAGCGACAUGAUGGGAUUAAUGUAGAAUCACCCUGAUGUUUUAUGGAGAAAGAAUUGGGGAAACAGGGAUGGGGUGGGACAUAGGAAUAGAUGAAUGAAGGCUUUUAUUAAUUGAUUCAACAAGUAUGUACUGAACACUCACUAUGCACCUGGCAUUCUAGGAGGUGCUGGAAUAAUACAGUAAGUAAGACAUGAUACCUUACUUCAUGAUCUUCUGUAAUAGAGGCCUAGAGAGACAGCAAACAAGUAAACAAAUAAAAUAAUGACAUUUUGAAAAAUGCUAUAAAGUUACCAUUUUUCAUGUUUCUUAAAGGAUAUUACUAAUGUAAUUCCAAGUUAAAUGUCUGAUUUUUUAAUAAGACUGAGAGUGCUACCCACACACAAAUUAGUUGUGUUAUUUAACAGUUAUAUAUCACACACAAUCACACACAUAUUUACUUAUACAUUCAUCCAACAAAUAUUUUUGAACACUUGCAAGUUAGAAGGCCAUUGCUGUAGUCCAGGCAAGAGAAAAUGGUUAGCUUGGACUAGAUUUGGUGAUGGGGUGAAGUAGGCAUGUUUAAGAAAUAUUUAGAAUUCAUGGAGGGAGUUGUUACAGGCGGGAGAAGGAGGGCAGGUUUCUAGCUUAUACAGCUUAAUAGGUAAUAGUACAGUUCACUGGAGCAGAGAAAAAAAAAAAAACAGAAAACUUUGCUGGUAGAGAAAUACAGACUAAAACU